CACACAUAUGGACAUCACGCAUGUUGAAGUGACCCAGGAGACCACGCAUGUGGACAUCACACACGUUGAGGUGACCCAAGUGACCACAGUCAUGGAUGCCACGCACCAGAAUGAGGAUAAGCUGUUUAAGGUUGAGAGGCAGCGCUUGUCACAACUGCACAGACGUUUGGCAGUGGAUGUGGAAUUCACGGAUCUCUCCUACUCUGUGCUGGAGGGGCCUUACUGCAAAAAGAAAAGUCACAAGACGAUCCUCAAGUGCCUCUCCGGGAAGUUCUGCAGUGGGGAGCUGACAGGGAUCAUGGGACCCUCUGGGGCUGGCAAGUCCUCCUUCAUGAAUAUCCUGGCUGGGAUGCGAGAGACAGGGAUGGAGGGUGAGAUCCUGAUCAAUGGUCAGCAACGGAACCUCCGAACCUUCAGGAAGAAGUCUUCUUACAUAACGCAGGAUGACAGCCUGUUUCCGAAUCUCACAGUACUGGAGGCCAUGAUGGUGUCUGCCAACUUGAGCUUGAAGGAAAACACAGCUGAGAAGAGAGACCUGGUGAAUGAGAUCCUUAUCACCCUCGAUCUAAUGGAGUGCAUGCACACUCGCAUCUUGUACCUUUCUGGGGGACAGAGGAAGCGUCUUGCAGUUGCAAUGGAGUACAUAAGGAACCCCCCAGUUAUGUUUUUGGAUGAGCCAACCAGUGGUCUUGAUAGUAAUUGUUGUUUCCAAGUGGUUUCCCUCUUAAAGACUUUGGCACAGGGUGGGCGCACAAUCAUCUGUACCAUUCACCAACCAAGCGCUGAGAUCUUUGAGAUGUUUGACAAGGUAUACAUCCUAUGUCAAGGCCAGUGUAUCUACAAUGGCACCGUACCCCACCUCACCACAUUUCUUAUGAGCCUCGGUCUGCACUGCCCUGCACACCACAACCCGGCUGACUUCAUUAUUAAAGUGGCAUCAGGAAUAUAUGGUGAUAUGACUCCUGCCCUUGUCAAUGCUGUGAAGAAUGGCAUGAGCACCGCAGAGCAGCAGAAAAGCAUUAACAGCAGAAAAGAGUCCAUUUCCCCCAAUCCCAGUCAAUAUCAGAUUGAGAGCACCCCCACAGACUUGGACCCCAUGGGGAAUAAUAUGUAUGUUGCCAGCACCCUCACCCAGUUCUGUAUCCUGUUCAAGAGGUCCUUCAUCUCUGACUACAGAGAUCCGAUGCUGACUCUUGUGAGGUUUGUGUUUCACAUUGUGAUUGGCCUCCUGUUUGGAUUGGUGUACCUAAACAUUGGAAAUAACGCACAGAAGGUCUCUUAUAAUAUGGGCUUCAUCUUCCUCUCUGUGCUUUUCAUCGUGUUUACUGCACAAGCCCCUACAGUCCUCACAUUUCCUCUGGAGAUGUCUGCUUUGACAAGAGAAUACCUGAACUACUGGUACAGCCUCAAGGCCUACUACCUAGCCAAGACCAUGUCAGAUAUGCCCAUCCAGAUCAUCUGCCCAAUCAUCUACUGCUGCAUCGCCUACUGGAUGACCGGCCAGCCUCCUGAGGCCACACGCUUCUUCCUCUUCACUAUUAUAUUAACCCUCACGGCACUCAUGGCCCAAUCACUGGGUCAGCUCAUUGGGGCCAUGUGCAAGUCUUUGCUGGUCGCCGUCGUUAUAGCUCCUAGCAUAGCCAUUAAAGCGUCCAUCUUCAGUGGCUUCUUUGUCUCUUAUAACACAAUUCCUAUAUACCUGCGGUGGGCUACGUAUGUGUCCUACAUGAGGUACAGCUUUGAAGGAGCCAUAGUGUCCGUCUAUGGGAUGGGCCGGCCUGACUUGGAUUGUGCUGUGGAGCACUGCCUACGACAAAAAACUGAGACAAUUCUGCAAGGGCUGGACAUGGAAGAUGCCAAAGUGUACUUAGAUAUCAUUGCAUUAGUCAUCAUCUUCCUCUUCUUGCGGCUGGCAACGUAUUUUGCUCUGCGUCACAGGCUCAGAUCACAAAGGUAGAGUAAGAAAGAAAACAAAAAGGAAAAUGAAGUCCGCUGCAGCACGAGAAUGGUCAGUCUAUGCCCAAAUGGAUCCGUUUAAAGGACAACUUUGAGUUGAAUUGCUGUCUC